CGUCGUUUCUCGCUCCGGCAGACGGAAGGAAUGGCCGGCGACGUCGACGGGGAGGGAUCGAGCGGCAGGAGGAAGGGCAGUACGAGGAAAUGCAAAGCGAAGCUUCUGGUUGGCGAGAAAGUGGAGGUAAGGAGUGACGACGACGGUUUCCAAGGCUCGUGGCACUCUGGAGUUGUCAUUUCUUGCGGCCUUAGAAUGCGGUGCGUCAAAUAUGAUCACAUUCUCGUUGAUGAUGGCUCUAGCAAACUCGUGGACUCUGUACGUGUACCACCUGCUGUAGAUGGAUUAGUCUCUUGCACAGUUGACCAGCAUAAAUACCGUGGUUCUAUAAGGCCAGUGCCGCCUAUUUACGUAACUGGUCCAAAUGACUUCUCAUAUGGAUUGUGUGUGGAUGCAUUCCACAUGGACGCUUGGUGGGAAGGAGUGAUUUUUGACCAUAAUGUUGGUGCGGAGAAGAGAAAUAUUUUCUUUCCGGAAUUGGGUGAUCAAAUGUUGACUCGACUUGCUAAUAUCAGAGUUACUCAAGAUUGGGAUCAGACUACAGAGAAAUGGCAAAGUCGAGGGACCUGGUUGUUCCUUGACUUAAUUCAGUUGUAUGAGCAAGAAUGGCCUAUUCCUGUUUCCUUGAAGCAGAUAUGGUAUGAUUUGCGGGAAAAAGAAGCCUUUCAAAGGAGUAAGUGGACAUCUAGGGAUAAGGCCUUGUGGGAGAAGCUGGUGUUGGAAACUAUCAGUGAAAACCUUGCAAUUGCUACAAUUGAUCUUAUUUCCUUUUUAGACUUGCCAAGAUCGAGAAACUCAAUGGAAGAAAGCUGUAUGCUGUUGGAGUUACCUGAACUGUCUUCUAAAGUAAAUCACAGUGGCAUAGCGGCUUGGGAUGAAAGCGUGGACAAGACCUGUUGCAGUGAAAAGUUGACGAGCUCUGAAUAUGGUGUUGUGGAUGGUGUUUUGAAACUUUCUGGACCUAGUGACGUGGGAUAUGAGUGCCCCUUUUCAAAUAGCACCGCCACGCAAUCUGUUGAACAUAUGCAUGAUCCGGACGCAGUCGCUCUUAAGAUAAAAAAUGGGUUGUCUCGUACAGAUGGUGCUGUUUUGUCAAAUAUAACCCGCCAAACACCACAGGCUUCACGAAUUUCAGCUGAAAAUUGUCAACAGAGUUUUUCGGUCACCUGUCAAGGACACUCUGAUAAGGCAAAUGAGAAAGCCACAGAUUCAAAUGAAAGAAAAUGUCAAACCUCUUGGCAGCUUGUUGGUCGUGACAUGACUUCACAAGCUGAAUGCUGUCCGUAUGCUAUUAUGAAGUAUGCGUCUAAUAUCAGCUGGAAUGAUCGAAAUUCUUUAAAGGCAGAUGUGCGAGAGCACCUGUCAUUUCUAGGCUGGAAAAUUGAAUUCUUGAAGAGCAUUAACUUCCCCAGGUAUAAGUAUACCUCUCCCGAUGGGAAGUGCUAUUACUCACUUAUAGAAGUCUGCCAAGAUUUAAGGAAAGUCAAUGGGAGAAUACGUAUUCGAAUAUCAUCAGACAAUAACAAGAGCUUGGUCGCUUCAGGUGAUAAUCUUAUCUUGCCUUCAACUUUUGACUAUUGCGACACUAGUACUGGUUGUGGUCCCAAUCCUUCAAAAGCUGUAGCACCAUUAAGUAUUGGUGUGCCUGAUGUCAGAUCAAUAUGUAGUCCUCGAGCUGUUGUGCCCACUAACAAGCCUGGAUCUGAUCAGACUUUCUAUACACAACAUAAGGCAAAAAGAGAAGUGAAAAUUGAGGCGAAAAACCAUGUCUUAGCUGUAAGAAAGGAGCUAAAGGAUAUCGAUGAGAGAGGAAAGCCCAAAAUGAGAUGCGAUUCAUCCAGGAAACGGAGUCAUGACUCGUUUGUUUUGGCGCUUCCUUAUCCUGGCAACAAUGGAUUAUCAGCAGCUGGUGGGGGUGAAAUAAAACGCUGGGGUGAUAAGCGGCUAAGAAUGAAGAGGAUGGAUCAUUCCAAUGGUAGGGAAUCUCAAUUGAUUGGAAGUAAAAGUGAAGAUUGUUUAACUGGUAUAGGUGUGUUCAGCUGCAACAGAAAGUCGAGAGACACAAAGCAGAAACCCACUGACACUGCCAGGUCGAGAAGUAUGGCAUCCCGAGCUUUGUUAAAAGCUCGAGGUAGGGGAGCUGAUUGUCCAAAUCGCAUUCGGAGAUCAAGCAAAAGGAUUCAGCAGGUUGUUCCCAGUCCAUUGUGCCGGCAUCCACGGAAUGUACUGUCUUGGUUGGCAGAUAAUGAUAGAGUUCUGUCCAGAAGAAAAGUAUAUUACAGAAGGGGAAAGAAUCGCGGUACUUUGGCUGAAGGACGAGUAAUUCGUGGAGGGAUCAAGUGCAAUUGUUGCAAAAAGUUGUUCACUGUACGUGGAUUUGCAAAUCAUGCUGGCCGAGAAGACCAGAAAAUAGCUUCCUGCAUAUUUUUGGAAGAUGGCAGGUCGCUGUUGGACUGCCAGAAGCAGCUAUUAAGUGAUAGAAGAAUGAGUAGAUUCACAAUCGAGCAACAUGAUAAGACCAAAAGAAAAUGGAAGAAUGGCAAAAAUGACUGCAUAUGCUCAGUCUGUCAUUAUGGAGGCGAGUUAAUUUUGUGUGAUCAAUGUCCCUCCGCAUUCCAUCAGAUUUGCCUUGGCUUGAAGGAAAUUCCUCAAGGUGACUGGUUUUGCCCGUCAUGCUGUUGUGCUAUUUGCAUCCAAAGCAAACUCAAAGAAGAUGCUAUGCAGUAUAUGGACGAUGAGAAUGCUUUAACUUGCAAGCAGUGUGAGCGUAAAUAUCACUUAGGGUGCCUGAGGAAAAAAGGAGCAACUAACUUGGAAGCUCAUUCCAAAAAGGACUGGUAUUGCAGCAAGAACUGCAAAACGAUAUUUCUUGGGCUUAAUAGACUCUUGAGGAAGCCAAUUCAAGUGGGCAUGGGGAAUUUGACAUGGACCCUAUCAAGGUCUAUUGAUACUGAUUACCUUGAUGUUGGUGAUCGUCAUAUCGAGUCCGUGAUAGAAACUAACUGCAAGCUGAAUGUUGCCAUUGAUGUGAUACACGAAUGUUUCGAGCCUGUAAAGGAGCCUUACGCCAAGAGGGAUCUCAUUGAGGAUAUUAUUUUUAGUCGAGGAUCAGAGCUUAAACGUCUGAAUUUCAGAGGAUUCUAUACGGUAUUAUUGGAGAAAAAUGAUGAGUUGAUCUCAGUGGCUUGUGUCAGGGUGCUUGGGGACAAGGUGGCAGAAGUACCCCUAGUGGGGACCAGGUUUCAGUUCCGUCGUCAUGGAAUGUGUCGCAUCUUGUUGAAUGAACUUGAAAAGAAGCUGAAGGAGUUAGCAGUAGCCAAGCUGGUUUUACCUGCUGUUCCUAGUUUGAUCAACACAUGGACUACUUCAUUUGGGUUCACAAAAAUGACUUCUUUGGAGAGAUUACAGUAUCUGGAUUAUACUUUCCUAGACUUCCAGGAUACAACCAUGUGCCAAAAGCAUUUGUUGGAGAGUCCAUCAGCAGUCUGCUUCUUAAGAGGUAUGGCCCCUAAAAUCCACGAUGCACUGAAAGGAAGCGGUAACAAAAAUAACUUGGAAGCGUCAACUACUGUCUCUGAAGUAUUUCAGGCAGAUCAACAUGAGGAAAGUGGAGCUGUGGACCAAGGCCAUAGAGUGCAUGUCUCUCCCUUCUCAUCUCAGGGAACAAGUUUGGAUGCAGGCAAUGCUGUUGAUGGUGACAGCAGCAUUGUUUCUUCGGCUAUAGGGGUUAACCAGCCCACUGAACUCGGUAGUGGACCAGGCUUCCAUGAAGGCAUUACCAAUGGUUCAGCCGGAAAGGACAACAUCAAAGUUUGGAAGUGCUACAAGCGGAGGAAGAAGUUCUCAGCGUGAGAUCUUGUCAAGUCAGGAUUUAUUUUUACCAUGCUUGCCAGUUUUAUCGGUCGGGAAGUUAUGGAACUUCCCUUGAUCUCUCUCUCUCUCUCUCCUUCAAUGCAGAUUUGAAGGGCUUUUGUUUCUUUUCAUGUUCCCCCAGAUCAUUUUCCAGAUUUCUGCUAAGGACGAUGAUCUGGAAAAUGCAAAUUUUGGCCUGAUAAGCAUUUGGCCUUCUGCAUCAGACAGAAAACUAAUUCUUAAACACCACGUAAUCUCCUGUUCUUUUUCUAGGCAAAAGUCACGAUGUUCUUUCAGAUUUCAUUGAUUCUGAGAGUUUCACUGUCAGGAAAGGUCCUGUUGAAAUUGAAGUUCAGUUAUGUUAUGUGGGUUUUCCUUAACAUGCGUGAAGGUAUGAAGAGGCCUGAUGUAGCAGUUAAACAUGUGCUCUACCAUUUAAAUUUGGCAUAACGUACUUGGAUC